CAGAUAUUAGUAGCUGCAGAAGACUUUAUAUGUUUUAUGUAAAAAGUAGCGGCGUUUAGCUUCGGUAUCACCUGGUUACACCGGUUUCUUACAAUUUUGUAAUAAGCCCAGCGAUUAUCGCAUUGACCCUUCCGGAAGCUACAAAACCUCGUUCUCUACGCCGCAUACACAUACGCACUCCUUUAGUUAUCCACGGAGCUGGGUGAUAUUUUACCUUCACCUUCUUAUCAGGCACAUGGAUGUCGUACAAAUUAAGAAUAACUUCAUUAAAAAUACGCAAAUUAUCAUUCACAGAAGAUGCAACCACGAAGUCAUCCCGUUGCAAUUUUGAAGCAUCGUUGCGGAAACGAUCUAAAUUUAAACAUUUUAAACUACGAAUUCUCAUAAGCUUAGGUUGGGAUUUCGGGGGACUUAGGGGGGGACUUCAUGAUGGGAGGAGCUAGGUGCUGGAUAUUGAUCAUGAGAUGAUACAAAGGUGGGAGAGGAAGUAAGAAUUGGUCAAGCCAUAUGUCUUUCCCAUCCCUGCUCUAAUGAGUGGUUUGUAAGGGCAGGAAAUUUAAAGCUUUUCUGUUGCUCUAAGAUUAAUGUGUGCGGCAGUAAUAAACCCAAUGCUACGAGCAUGUAGAUAUACGGUGGCUAGAUACAAAGAUGAUAUACGUAUCUUUAUAGCAAUGGUCAUCCUGAAGCGCCAGGUGCUGGGAUCCAACAAGAAUACUCCAGCUCCUUGACGCAAGUUGAUCAGUAAAAGGUACAGAUUCAGAUUCCAGGACGUGAGUGGACAAUCCACGGAGCGUAUUCUAGCAAUAGAUAACUACGUCGCGAUUAAUAGGUCUAUUGAAACCCUAUAAUUAUUUAUUCAUAAUUAGUAACAUGAAUCUAUGAAGUUUGGACACAGUAAAAAUGUAAAGGACUUACCGAUAUUACAAAUCGGGCACUUAUAAUAAACUUGACUGUCUGUCAGCUAAUUCUAACAGUGUGAUGAGUCGACCUUCACUGCAACUGUAUAGCUGAACGGCUACUGCAGCGACACGCGCUUAUAUACAUAUUAGAACAAAAGGUGUUAAGAUGCAGUGCUUGCCAAGCGCGGGUCGCAAAACUCGUUAAGAUGCAGUGAACGCCAACACACGGGUCGCAAUCAAAUUAUGCAUAACAUAAUACUGUAUUACAGCAUGCGUCGAUUCAAUAAGAAAACCUCAUCAAUAUCUAGAUGUAGCUUGCUGAGGAUGUACCGUGCUAUUGUGUCUACUAACUAGGUACUAAGAAGUAAAUUUGCUCAUCAGUUGUAGUUUCGUAAUGCUGAUGUUUGUCAACUCUAGCUACUCUAAACAACCGUCCUACUUUUUAAUCGCUACAAGCUUCUAGAUUGCAGUUGUCCACAGUUUUAUGUAUAUACGGAAAACAAUUCAAUGAAUAUUUUGUAUACACAAAAUUUGUAUAAAAUUUCGUCUGAUUUAUGUAAAACUAGAGAUUUUUAUUAUUUUCUAAUAAAGGCUCACCGUUAUGAUUCCAGGUCCUCCAGGCCCUCCUGGCAAGAGAGGGAAGAAAGGCAAAAAGGGAGACCCGGGCGAGCCCGGACCUUCGGGGUUGACGGGAGCGCCGGGGAAGAAUGGAUUCCCGGGUAGCAAGGGCGGGAAGGGCGAGCGAGGCUUCAUGGGACCAAUUGGAUUAGACGGACCAAAAGGCGAUCCGGGUCGACCCGGUGACAAGGGCCAGAAGGGCGAGCACGGGAGCCCAGGCUUCGACGUAUUCUCAGCCGUCAAGGGGCUGCAGGCUGCCGGACACAACAUCUCCGCGCAAACGGUCAUUCAACUCAAGGGAGAACCAGGUGAACCAGGUCCUCCGGGGCCACCGGGGCCCCAGGGCGGCGAGGGUCUACCCGGACACGAUGGACGCGGGGGUCCGCCCGGUCCCCCUGGCCCUGCUGGUACAUCCGGCCCACCCGGACCCACGGGACCCGUAGGACCACCGGGCCCGCCCGGACCACUAGGACAUAAGGGUGAUAAGGGAGAUAAAGGCGAACGGGGAUUUACGACGACGUUGAAAGGAGAUUCAUUUCCCACCGGCAUCAUCGAGGGACCUCCGGGACCCCCCGGACCCCCCGGUCGCACGGGCGAGGCGGGUCCGCGCGGCCCCCCCGGAGCGGAUGGCGCCCCGGGACUAGCUGGGGUUCCCGGCCCCCCUGGAAAGCCGGGUGAGCCGGGACCUAAGGGUGGCAAGGGUGAAUAUGGAGACAUGGGUUCUCCGGGUAUGCUGGGAGCCCCGGGACUACCUGGCCCGCCUGGUUACCCGGGCCUUAAGGGUGAAAAGGGCGACAAGGGAGAUUCGUACAGGAAGCUGAGAAGAAGGCAGAACUUGCAGGGAGACGGCACCGGCUACGAGCUCUACGGACACGACAUGAUGUUGGGACCGCCGGGGCCGCCGGGACCGUCGGGGCCCCCCGGGGUGGCGGGCCCGCCCGGGAUCAAAGGCGACAAGGGGGAGCCUGGCAUCCGGGGCAAGGCGGGCGAUCGAGGAGAAAAAGGAGAUGCUGGCCCUAUGGGACUACCCGGACCGGUCGGGCUGCCGGGUGAGCCGGGCAGGCCGGGAGACUCGGGCCGCCGGGGCCCGCCCGGACUCGACGGCAUGAAGGGCGCACAAGGCGAGCCCGGCUCCAAGGGGGAGCGCGGCGACCCCGGCCUGCCGGGAACUGACGGUAUUCCCGGUCAAGAGGGUCCGAAGGGCGACAAAGGCUACAAGGGGGAGCCAGGCCCGGUCGGCAAGCGCGGCAGGAAGGGCGACAAGGGCGACAAGGGCGAGCAGGGCGUGCCGGGGCUGGACGCGCCCUGCCCGCUGGGACACGACGGCCUGCCCCUGCCCGGCUGCGGCUGGAGACCCAACAAGGAGUCGGUGCCGCUGCUGCCGCCGCGCGAGGGUGAGGCCGCGGGGGCGGGCGCGGGGGGAGAGCGCUCCGAGGAGGAGGACGAGGAGCCCGCGGAGGAGUACGAGGGACGCGAGGACGAGCUAGAGGCGCCGCGCGACUACGACGACUACACUGACAACUCGCAUCUAACGCACCAUCACGACUAACACACACACACACACACACACACACACAGCACACGUUCAUGCUUCCUCGCGCGCACACAUUUCGACUCAUCACAUCUUUUCUUAAUUCCUUUAUACAUUUUUCUCCCGAAGCCUGACGAUCUCUAUUCUUAUUCUAACUGUCCACUGUCGCUCUGAACAAAGAUCAGAGCUCUGGUGCUCAUCUCCACUUCACGUUGUGGGUCACGGCGUUCUCGGACCUCAUCACGAGGAAUCAACUACCGAAUGUCCUCACUUCUCUCUUCCCUCCGUCUCCCUCCCACACCACACAGUACUAAAACUCGGCGCACUCCUCGGCAGCGAGUGCUAGCGGAGCGGCCGCCGCCUACAGUGCUACAGAGGCAAUGAUGCAGUGGGUGCGACGCCGGCUCGACGCGGACAACGACCUGCCUCUCUGAAACUCUACCGCGCUCUACACCUCUACACCUUUCUGUCAGAGUCGACUUUUAC